GGGUUCCUCGGAGAGCCACUGACCCCGGGGACCACCCCCCAGCCUGGGAGUGGGGACCGGCAGGGAGUGCCCUAGAGCCCAUGCCUCACUCCAGGGGCAGUCGGCACACAGGGCCGCCGCCGAGGGCUCAGAGCCCUGUAUUUGGCACCCCUACCCAUGGCCCACCCUCAGGGGCACCCCUGGGAGCUCCUGCAAGCAGGAAUGCCCGGGGACCCCUCACCUGCCCUUCCCUCUCCUCCCCUCCCCCCACACCCACACCUUCCCCGCCCAGAGCUACAAUGGGGGUGGUCCCCCGGCCGCCUCUGGUUACGGCUCAGCCCACAGCCAGGAUUAGCGAUCUGGGCAAAGCCAGGUAGACUGUGACUCAGCACCCUGGGUGAUCAUUCACCACGGCCACGAGGGUGGGCACCGCUGACCUGCACCCCCUCCACCCACCCACCCCGCAGGGCUGUGGGCGGCUGCCGAUGCGGGCAGAGGACAGGCAGCACACAGGGCUUCCACGGCAGGACUUCUGGCCGGAGCCACCAUGGCUGGGUGCCCGGUGCUGGUGCGCCGGCCACCCCCCGACCCCCCUGGGGUGCUGGAGAGCCUGAAGGUCGGACUGCGGCGCCGCUGUGAGUGGGGGCCUCAGGGCGCGCGGCUGUGGGCCCUCCUCCCCGUCACACUCUGGCUGCCGCGCUACCGGCCGCGGGAGGACCUGGCAGGCGACGUGCUGUCGGGGCUGGUCAUCGGGGUCAUCCUGGUGCCCCAGGCCAUCGCCUACGCGCAGCUGGCCGGCCUGCAGCCACUGUCGGGCCUGCACACGGCCUUCUUCGCCGGCCUGGUCUACUUCCUGCUGGGUACUUCGCGCCACGUGUCCGUGGGCAUCUUCAGCCUGCUGAGCCUCAUGGUGGGUCAGGUGGUGGACAGAGAGCUGCAGUUGGCCGGCUUCAAUCUCUCGCUGGACGGCAGUAGCCAGGCGCCCAACCGAAGCGCCCUCAACACCUCAGCCGCCACCCUGGUGCCUGCGGGCUGUGACCGGGACUGCUAUGCCGUCCGCGUGGCCAGCGCCCUCACGUUGGGGUGCGGGUUGUACCAGGUGCUCAUGGGUGUGUUGGGUCUGGGCCGCGUGUCGGCCUGGCUCUCGCAGCCCCUGCUGGACGGCUUCGCGGUGGGCGCCUCCCUGACCAUCCUCACUUCGCAGCUGCGCCACCUGCUGGGCGUGGGGCUCCCGCGGCUGCGCGGGCCGGGCGUGGUGCCACGCACGUGGCUGAGUCUGCUGCGGGCCCUGCCGCGCGCCAACCUCUGUGACGUGCUCACCAGCGCCCUGAGCCUGGCCGCACUGCUGGCCGCCGGGGCGCUGAACCGCCGCUGCCGCAGCCUGCGGGCGCCUUUUCCCGCAGAGCUGCUGGUCAUGGUGGCGGCCACACUGGCCUCCCGCCUGGGGCGCUUCCACCAGCGCUUUGGAGCUGCCGUGGCGGGCGACAUCCCCACCGGCCUCCCGCCACCCGAGGCGCCCGAUCCGCGGCUGCUGUGGCGCCUGGUGCCAGACGCCGCGCCGCUGGCCCUGGUGGGCGCCGCCUUCUCCGUGUCGCUGGCCGAGAUGUUCGCGCGUGCCCACGGCUACAGCACGCGGGCCGACCAGGAGCUGCUGGCCGUGGGCUGCGGCAACGUGCUGCCCGCGUUCUUUGGCUGCUUCGCCACCAGCGCCACGCUUGCCAAGACCCUGGUGCGCGAGGCGGCGGGCGGCCGCUCCCAGCUGUCGGGCGUCGUCAGUGCCGCCGUGGUGCUGCUGGCGCUGCUGGCGCUGGCGCCGCUCUUCCGGGACCUCCCGCGCAGCGUGCUGGCCUGCGUGGUGGCGGCCGGGCUGCGGGGUGCCCUGCGCAAGGUGGCCGAGCUGCCGCGGCUGUGGCGUCUGAGCCGGGCGGACGCGCUGGUCUGGGUGGCCACGGCCGCCACCUGUGUGCUGCUCAGCACCGAGGCCGGGCUGCUGGCCGGGCUGCUGCUGUCCCUGCUGGGCCUGGCCGGCCGCUCACGGUGUCCCCCGGCCGCCCUGCUGGCCCGCGCCCCGGCCUCCGACUUCUACGGCGACCCCGCGGAGUUCGAGGGGCUGCUGCCUGAGCCUGGGGUGCACGUGUUCCGCUUCUCGGGGCCCCUGCAUUUCGCCAACAAGGAUGGCUUCCUGCGUGCGCUCUACAGCCUCACCGGGCUGGACGCGGGCCGGGCGGCAGGAGGGCAGCGGGCAGGGGGUGGCGUGGCCCUGCUGCCCGCGGAGCCCGGCUUCCACGCCGUGAUCGUGGACUGCGCCCCCCUGCUCUUCCUGGACUCGGCCGGCCUGGCCGUGCUGCGGGACUUGCGGCGCGACUACAAGGCCCUGGGCGUCUCGCUGCUGCUGGCCGGCUGCAGCCCCUCGGUGCGCUCAGCCCUGCAGAGGGCAGGUGUCCUGGGCGAGCCCCCAGACUCCGCCGAGGAGGACGCCACGUUCUUCCACAGUGUGCACAGCGCCGUGUGCUCCGCCCGGGCCCGGUGCCUGGGACCGAUGCCCACAGACUCCACCGUCUAG